CGGGCGGAGGAGGACCGGCGGACCGGACCACCGCCGGCCGGGCGGAGGAGGACCGGCGGACCGCAAUUGAGACCGGAGGGUCCAGCGCUGGGAUGGGACCGGACCACCGCAGCUGAGACCGGAGGGGAACACCGCUGCGGCUCUGCACAGACCGACGCUGGCCCAACCACAGCCAUCGCGCACUGCGGCCGGAGACCACGAAUCCCAGACCACUAGCAGCAUCCCUGCGAUCACAGCAGUCACUACGACGUCGCUGGGUCUGGCGGUCGAGACGCGGCCGCCACACCUGACGUGGGACGUCCGCGAGCAUCACACGAGUUCACCGCCACCCGUCGGCAAGGCGGCCGCACUGCCGGAGAUGUCCCCGACCCGGCAUUAAAACCAUCCCGAGACAUGAAAAUCGGUCUCGACUCGGUCGCAUCGGAGCAGGCUGAAGCGGCACGUCCAGACCCGGACCCGGUCGUCGUUACAACACCGGAGCAGCUGACGGCACAAGACAUCAUCGUGGCACUGCAGGAGUUGGCGGGUUGGGACAUCAUCGUCGCACCGCAGGAGUUCGCGGGUCCGGACAUCAUCGUGGCACUGCAGGAGUUGACGGGUUUGAACAUCAUCUCAACACCGGAGUAUCUGACGGAUUACAACUUCAUCGCAACACCGAAGCAGUUGCUGGGCUUGGAAAUCGUCGCAGCAACAGGGCAGUUUUUGGAUCAGGACAUUGCUGCGGCACCAUGGGAACUGCCGUAUCCAGACAACGUCCCGGCACCGGGGCGGCUGACGGACCAGGGCAUCGUUGCGACACCCAGGCAGGUGACGGGUCCAUACAUCGUCGCAACACCGGUACGGCCGAUGACGCUGCCGACAACGUCGGAGAUCACCGUACACUCCAAUGAGUGCUCCCUGCUUGAUAUAUCCUCUUCCCUCGAUCUGGAAGCGUCAUCCGUACUAGAAAUAUCUCCUCUACUGGAGGCGCUCAACAUGCUGAGCACCCCACCCGGACACACCACAAAUCAGAUGGCUCCUGUUCCAUACGAUGCUCCAUCUUCUCCGCCUCCUCCGCCGAAAAGGACAAGGACAUCACCAAGCAACGACAGGAGGCGCCUACCAAGAAUGUACGCGCUCGAACAAUGCACAACAAGACACCUCGUCAUGCAGAAAAACAUACGCUCCAGCCGGUGCCAGCAAGAUGUCUUGAAAGUUGCAAGACCAGCUGUGCAGCCAAGAUCGGACCUGAGUGACGGGCAGAAAUCAACGGCGAGGUCUGCGCACUGGGGAGGGAAACAUGACGGCAGUGGUACUGCACGUACGUCCUGCGGGUUCCGUCUCAGUGUCGCAGAAAAAACAACAGAGGGAACAUGGACCCACGGAAAAACAACAGCUUCCAAUGGACCCUUCCAUCACCACCGGAGAAGAACGCAGGCGACACAUCCACGAGCGACAACAAGAAACCUGUCGAAGUUUGCAAACCAUUCUUCGUGUCCACGCUGGGCUUUCGAGAGAACUCCGACUAGGCAGUGAUCACCGCCGUGAAGAACGGCGCCACCUAUGCAUCACCCCGUAAUCAUCGAGGCAAAAGC